UAUACCUGUUCUUGUAAUUCUGGUUACACUGGUGAUGGCUACAAAUGUAAUGAUAUUGAUGAAUGCAAAACUACCAACAACUGCAGCUCCUCAGCUAGCUGUACCAAUACCAAUGGCGGCUUCAAAUGCACAUGCAAUACUGGAUAUAAUGGAGAGGGCCAUGUUUGUUUAAUCGUAAAAUGUCAGCUGCCAGAGUUACCAGACAAGGUCGCAGUUAAGUACGAUACCUUGGUAUUUGGCAGCACUUUAACAUACAGCUGUAGCGAUGGAGACUUGGUGCUGGCAGGGAGUUCAACAGCAGUUUGCAUGAAUAACGGGAGUUGGAGUUCCGAACCUCCAUCUUGCACGGGAUUCACAUCUCAAGAAGGUAAAAACAAUCCGACAGAAAUACUGAAUUCACAGGAUAUAUUGUGGAUUAUAAUUGCCGCCGUUGUUGUAUUGGUUCUGGUAGUCGUUGGCUGUAUCAUGUUGGCGAUAGUGUGCAGAGGGAAAAGGAAGAAGAAGAACCAGACAGAGGAUGAACACAAACUGUUUCACCUGAGCAGUAAGUCCAUCGGGAGCAAUAUGUCUGAAGAACGCUCCAGUUCCAGACAAGACAGCGUUGACAGUGCCUUCUCCUCUCAAACCAGCAUUGACAGCGAAACAUCGGAUGGGUAUACGACCUUGGCGGGAAAGUCUCGAGAGGCGAUACAGAUGGAAGAACUAGAGCACUACGACAGUGGGGACUAUAGAAACUCAGCAGCACGAGACCCAAGAAAACCAGGUUGUACUGAACAGGGCCGCCAGGAGAAAACCUAUGUGCCUGGGAAAAUACGCUACAAUCGCCACCGUUAUGGAGGAAAUCAUGACACCUCUUCCUCGUCACGUCCUAACCGUUAUGGCCGUACUCAACCCUCAGGGCCCAGCAGGUACCCGCCAGAGGUUGAGGCACAGGGAGACCGUCACCCAGUUCAGAAGGGGAAUCCAAGGUACUCGCGCCACGUAGACCCGCCCUCAUAUCACGGGAGACAAAUAAUGGAUCAAUAUAAUUGGUAAAAUAAGGCUCGCACUAGGCCACCGUCAAAAAGAUUUUUUGACAUUUGAAUAGUAGGUAUUAUUUCUUCAAAUGAAGGGCGACAAGGUUUUGAAAUUGUUUUGUAAAUGUCAGUUGUUUAGAAAAUGGCUAAUUUUUAAGCUAGGAUAAAGCGAAGGUGUCUUGUAAUCGUUAAGCAUAAUAAACAGUAGCGCGUUUGAAAUAUAUGUACUCCAUUAAUCGUUAAAUUAGAUCAUGCACUGAGUCAUAAUACGUGAGAAAGUAGUCACAAUUGUUAGAUGCUGCGAUAUGGGGACACGUCUUUUCUACAGUAAGGUGCAUACA